AUGGACCGCGAGUGGGGCUCCAAGCCCGGCAGCGGCGGCGCCGCCACCUCCCAGAAUGAGGCCAUCGACCGGCGGGAGCGCCUGCGCCGGCUCGCGCUCGAGACCAUCGACCUCGCCAAGGACCCCUACUUCAUGCGAAACCAUCUCGGCAGCUAUGAGUGCAAGCUCUGCCUGACGCUCCACAACAACGAGGGGAACUACCUCGCGCACACGCAGGGGAAGCGGCACCAGACCAACCUCGCCAAGCGUGCCGCCCGCGAGGCCAAGGACGCGCCCGCGCAGCCCCAGCCAAACAAGCGCAAGCUCGCGCCCCGCAAGUCUGUUAAGAUUGGCAGACCUGGAUAUACAGUAACUAAACAGUAUGAUCCUGACACGAAGCAACACUCUUUUCUCUUUGAGAUUGAGUAUCCUGAAAUCGAAGAUAAUAGCAAGCCAAGGCACCGUUUCAUGGCAUCAUAUGAACAGAAAAUCCAAUCUUGGGAUAAGAGGUACCAAUAUCUGCUUUUUGCAGCGGAGCCCUAUGAAGUCAUUGGCUUUAAGAUACCAAGCACAGAGAUUGACAAAUCAACAGACAAGUUUUUCUCGUAUUGGGAUCCGGACAAGAAGUCAUACAUUCUGCAACUAUACUUCAAGCCAAGAGCACCGGAGAUUAACAGACAACCAGCAGCUCCUGGUACUGUCCCAAAUGGGACAGGAGGCCCUCCUGGUGCUCCACCAAGGCCACCAUCCCAGCCACAGGCUCUGCCGCCACCUCCACCGAAUGCACCUAUGGGAAUGCCCCCUAGGAUCCCGCCACCACCAAUGAGCGGUCUUCAACCUCCACCCCCUCCGCCUCCGCUUGCAAAUGGUCCUCCGCGUUCAAUACCACCUCCACCUCCUUCUGGUGGUCCAAUGGCUAACUUUACUCCUGGAGCACCUCCGCCACGCCCUCCGAUGCAAGGCUACCCUGGACCUCAGCAGUAG